AUGGACCCUCAGGAAGAAUCAAAACAGGGGCUCAGGGCCUUGUGGAUGGACUCUGCCCAUGUUCCGUGGCCCCAAGAGUCAAGACUCAAAAAUAUUCUUUCGUGCAAUAUCCAUAAAGCACAGGAAAGGACUCCUAGUCCCAGGUCCACCAGACACCAACCCAGAUCCUGUCCGCUCUGCCCGCCUCAAAUUGCUUUCCUCCUUGCUCCGCUUCACUGUGUGAACACUGAGGUUUUCUUUGGAAAAGGCACCAGGCUCACGGUUGUAGACGAUCUGAGCCGGGUGCACCCGCCCAAGGUGGCUGUGUUCGAACCCUCGGAAGCAGAGAUCUCCCGGACCCAGAAGGCCACGCUCGUGUGCCUGGCCACGGGCUUCUACCCCGACCACGUGGAGCUGACCUGGUGGGUGAACAGGAAGCAGGUCACCACUGGGGUCAGCACGGACCCUGAGCCCUACAAGGAGGACCCCACGCGGGAGGACUCCAGAUACUGUCUGAGCAGCCGGCUGAGAGUGACCGCCGCCUUCUGGCACAACCCCCGCAACCACUUCCGCUGCCAAGUCCAGUUCCACGGGCUCACGGACGAGGACACGUGGGAGCAGAAGGACAGGGCCAAGCCCGUCACCCAGAACAUCAGCGCCGAGGCCUGGGGCAGAGCAGACUGUGGUGUCACCUCCGCGUCUUAUCAGCAAGGCGUCCUGUCUGCCACCCUCCUCUAUGAGAUCCUGCUGGGGAAGGCCACCCUGUACGCUGUGCUGGUCAGCGCCCUGGUGCUGAUGGCCAUGGGCUGUGUGAACGCCGCGCAGCUGUACUUUGGAGUUGGUUCCAAGCUGACUGUUCUGGGGUCGGUGGGGACCUGGGCUGAGUCGGGGCAUCAGAGAAGGGCAGCGCUGGUUUUUGUCCUGAGUCCCGGGGCUGUGAGCCAAAGCACUCAGUACUUCGGCGCCGGCACCCGGCUGUUGGUGUUAGGUGAGCUGGGACGACCCCGGAGACCCGAGGGAUGGGCGGCAGGUUUUUGCGCGGGGCUAGGGGGCCGUGACUCAGAGACGCAGUACUUCGGGCCGGGCACGCGGCUCCUGGUGCUAGAUGAUCUGAGCCGGGUGCACCCGCCCAAGGUGGCUGUGUUCGAACCCUCGGAAGCAGAGAUCUCCCGGACCCAGAAGGCCACGCUCGUGUGCCUGGCCACGGGCUUCUACCCCGACCACGUGGAGCUGACCUGGUGGGUGAACAGGAAGCAGGUCACCACUGGGGUCAGCACGGACCCUGAGCCCUACAAGGAGGACCCCACGCGGGAGGACUCCAGAUACUGUCUGAGCAGCCGGCUGAGAGUGACCGCUGCCUUCUGGCACAACCCCCGCAACCACUUCCGCUGCCAAGUCCAGUUCCACGGGCUCACGGACGAGGACACGUGGGAGCAGAAGGACAGGGCCAAGCCCGUCACCCAGAACAUCAGCGCCGAGGCCUGGGGCAGAGCAGACUGUGGUGUCACCUCCGCGUCUUAUCAGCAAGGCGUCCUGUCUGCCACCCUCCUCUAUGAGAUCCUGCUGGGGAAGGCCACCCUGUACGCUGUGCUGGUCAGCGCCCUGGUGCUGAUGGCCAUGCUGAGCGCUGGGACCGGGAAGCGAGCGGGAGCCGCUGGGAGCUGCGGGGGUGGGGGGUUUCAGUGCGGGGCUCUUCCUCCGUGCUCAUAUGAGCAGUAUUUCGGCCCAGGCACCAAGCUGGCUGUCGUAGAUGAUCUGAGCCGGGUGCACCCGCCCAAGGUGGCUGUGUUCGAACCCUCGGAAGCAGAGAUCUCCCGGACCCAGAAGGCCACGCUCGUGUGCCUGGCCACGGGCUUCUACCCCGACCACGUGGAGCUGACCUGGUGGGUGAACAGGAAGCAGGUCACCACUGGGGUCAGCACGGACCCUGAGCCCUACAAGGAGGACCCCACGCGGGAGGACUCCAGAUACUGUCUGAGCAGCCGGCUGAGAGUGACCGCCGCCUUCUGGCACAACCCCCGCAACCACUUCCGCUGCCAAGUCCAGUUCCACGGGCUCACGGACGAGGACACGUGGGAGCAGAAGGACAGGGCCAAGCCCGUCACCCAGAACAUCAGCGCCGAGGCCUGGGGCAGAGCAGACUGUGGUGUCACUUCUGCAUCUUAUCAGCAAGGGGUCCUGUCUGCCACCCUCCUCUAUGAGAUCCUGCUGGGGAAGGCCACCCUGUACGCUGUGCUGGUCAGCGCCCUGGUGCUGAUGGCCAUGGUUAAGAAAAAGGAUUCCUGA